AUGGCGCAAGCUUCAGAAGGAACGGCUGAAGCAGCGGCAGGAGCCACCGGAGGUGUGAGCCAUCUCCCGUGGCAGCAGGUCCCGAAGUUUACGCCAGGGGUGACAAGCGUGGACGAGUACUCUCAACGGCUUCGCUUUCUCAAAGAGUUGUGGCCAGCCGAGCAUCUGUCGUUGUUGGCUCCCCGGGCAGCCCUCUUGGUGGAGGGGGCCGCCUUCCAAAAGGUGAGCCGGAUCAAGCCCGAGCAGUUGCGAGGACCGGAUGGUGUGAAGUACCUUGUGGAGUCGCUGGGCGGGUCUUGGGGAAAGACCACAGUGGAGGAGCGAUACCACUUCUUUGAGCAGGCCAUCUUUCAGACGCAACAGAAGGCGGACGAGAGUAACGAUUCGUACAUUGCCAGACACGACGCUUUCUUUGAGGAACUCUUGAGCCGUGGGGUGACCCUUGAAGAGAUCCGCGCCUAUGUUCUUCUCCGUCAUUCCUUGUUGGCCCCGGAGGACAAGAAGCGUGUGAUCGUGGAAGCCAAGGGCGACUUGAAGUACCAAGAAACGGUCCGAGCAGUGCGGCUCUUGGGGUCCAAGUUCUUCACAGACUUUCAGAACCGUAGUGGCCCGGGAAAUGCCAAGGCAAUGGAUCGAAGCAAGGUCUACGACAUCCACAUGACGACAGACGACGACACCUUUGAGGAAGUGCACAUGGCGAUGGGACAGGACGAGGACCUCAGCGAUGAGCUCAUCCUGGCUCACUUCCUUGAGGCCAAUGACGAGGACGCCAUCUACAUCACGGAGUUUGAAGAUCAGAUAGUGGAGGCGGUGCAGGAGAGUGAGUUGGCCCCAGUCUUUGCCUCGUACCAAGAAGCUCGUCAAAAGCUGCGGGACAAAGCAAAGUCCAGGGGGUUCUGGCCCAUCAAGGGCAAGAUGAAGGGGAAGGGCCAGUCCGGGAAGAGAGGCAAGGGUUAUGGUUCCUGGGAUGGGGGCCGUCGACGUUCCCUUGCAGAUCGGAUCGCCAACUCCAACUGCAAACAAUGUGGGGCCAAAGGGCACUGGAAGCGGGAGUGCCCGAAGAACGACGCUAAGCCAGAGGCGACCUUGUUUGCCCAGAUCCAGCCGACCGAUCCCUUCCAAUCGGAGGUUCUCCAGACCCUGCCAGACUCCGAGCCCUUCAACAUCGAUGAGGACGACAGCGCAUGGACACAGAGAGGGGUUAGCACAGGGACAGGGAAUACUGGAGUAAUUCAGGACUUCGGGGAGACUUGCUUUAUGGUUGCGCCAAAGGCGCAAGGGCCGGCCACCGCGCCGAAGCAGGCAGUUUUGAGACGCAGCAAGCCCAGCCUAUCCAUAGUCAAUCUGUCAGAUCUCCUUCACGUCGGGGACAGGAACCACAGAACACAACACGGCAGCCUGAGCUCAAGCAGACAGCACGAAUCUUCGAAUAUCCUUCUCCUUCGCCGAGCGGCUUCCAACCGAGCGAUGCCCACCUCAGUCAAGCAGUCCGUGAAGAAGCUCCAAGAGAAGAUGCCCGAGGUCAAUCUGGACGAACCUCUCUCCGCGGAGGAGGAUGUGCACUUGGCCGAGGAACAGCUGACCAUGGUAAAGUACUUGGAGGUGGAAGUUGUCCGCCCACCGGGGAUUGCGAAUCUUCGGGAAUGGGGCCAAGUGGUGAUCGCGGCUGGCAAGCACAAAGGAAAGAGUCACGAGAAAACGUUCGAGACCGACCUGUCCUACUCGAUCCUCAUGGCUCGGAAGUCUUCUCUCAGCAGCCCAUGGGCACUGUCGUUCAAGAACUAUGCCCUGAUGCGACUGAAGCAGAUGGCCAAGACGGAGCAGGCGAGGUCCACGACCAAGGCGGAGGCAAAGAACAUCAAGUCCCAGGGUCCAGCCGUCAUGGACGGAGAGGAGAGCGAUGGGUGGAAGCUCUGCUCGCCGGAUGCCACAUCCCACACAGCUGCACCGAGCCGGGGCAGCAAGAGGAACAGUCCGCCGGGGGCAAGCUCGCAGAUGCCCAUUGCCAUGUCGCCGGAGGAGAUCAUGACGCGCCGGGCCGUGCUCGAAAGAGAGCUGACGAGGCUUCGGGAGAUCGAAGAUGCCGACAAGGACAGUUUCUUCUUGACCUUUAUCGCUACCAAACAGAACGAGGUUCAACAGGGCACUUUGCGAAUGAUUCAUGAGCUGGAAGUGGGAGACACCCCGCCAGGAAACAACCAUCUCCGCAAAGCCACCACACUGUACACCACGUCCAGACGACUGCAGCAAAGUGUCGACACUCGCUUUCAGACAGCGGGUCCAGAUCCCAGUGGGCGAAGCAACCGCAUGUUCCCACGAGAGAGGCGUCUUGCCAAACGGGUAGCCUUGCACCUAGGCACCAACCGGAUACAGCCACCUUGUGUGGAGGGAAUGCCGCGGGACAUGCCUUUACGUCAGACGGUUGUGGUAAAAAGGGUUGGUGGUGAAAUAGCUAUGGAUGGUGAGAUAGAGGAUUGGUCCCAGGAUGGACCGCUCAUUCAGGGCUACCCUCCACGGUCGGUUCCUAGGCACGGGCCGGGGUACUUCGCUUUAGGGGAGUCCGAGAAGAGGGAGUUAGUUAGGCUCCAUAACAAUUUGGGUCAUCCAUGCACUGAGACGUUUGUCAGAUUCCUGCAAGAACGAAAAGCCGAGCCUGCGCUCAUCCAGGGUGCUCGCGACUACUCUUGCAGUACGUGCUUGGAAACGGUUCCCACCCAAAAGUUAGCUAGGCCGGCGACAAUUCACACGCAUCGAGAUUUUAACGACACAAUCGGUAUGGAUGUUGCGUACUGGACCAAUAGCGGGGGGAAGAAGUUUCUGUUUACGCACAUUGUCGAUGAGGGCACACUGUUUCAACAAGCCAGUGGAGUAGGUAGGACGCCAGAAGAACAAUGGGAGUUCCUAUCGGAUCAUUGGUUUCAGUGGGCAGGGCCUUGUCAAACUUUGUAUGUAGAUCCAGCAGGGGAGUACAACAGUGAUUACUGGCGUCUAAAGCUGCAAACUGUAGGUGUGUGCACCAAUGUUUCUGCGGGAGAGGCUCAUUGGCAACUCGGUAGGACGGAAGCUCAUGGUAGGAUACUGAAGAGCAUGCUUUCUAAAAUGGACCAUGAAGAGCCCAUCCUGAACGACGAAGGUUUUCGUCGGUGUCUGAGAGCGGCAGUGCAGGCUAAGAACAGCUUGAGUAGGGUCCGGGGCUUCACACCUGAACAGGCAGUCCUGGGUAAACUUUCGCGGCUGCCAGCCUCUCUGAUUUCCGACAAUAGUGCCACGUGCCAUGCUUUAGCCGACAGUGAUCUGCCAGAAGGAGUCUCCUUCAGGAGGGACCUGCAGCGCCGUGAACAGGCCAGAGUCGCAUUCAUACAUGCAGACAACGACAACUCGUACCGUAGGGCUCUACUUCGUCGUUCGAGGCACCCCUGUGAAAGAUAUGAGCCGGGCGAUUGGGUUCUGUACUGGCGCCGACAUAAAGCCGGGAGUCGUGCGGAGCAAGGAAGGUGGUAUGGGCCGGGUCAGGUAAUUUGUGGGGAUAGCAAGGUAGUGUGGGUGAGCCAUUGUGGGCAAUUGAUCCGUGCAGCUCCUGAGCAGCUGCGAUCCGCGUCCUUGAGAGAAUGGCAAGGGGUGCUGGGAAAGACCAGCGCUGAGAGUUCACAAGGGGCAGUAGGUCAAGGGGUUAGAAGGGUGGUCGACCUUGCUGUUCUCGGAGGAACACCUAGCCGAGCAGAAGUGGAGAGCCAGGGAGAGGUUCCGCAGGAUGUUCCCGAACCAUUAGGACCCAUAGCCCCAGAAGGAGUAGCUGGGAUAGAGGCCGGGGGUACGGUUCCUGAAGUUCCUGAAGAAAAUGCGGAGGGAGAACAGCCAGAGAUGGAAGUCUCACCUGUGCCGUCGGUAGGUCUCGAGACAGAUAUGGUAGAUGCUUCGAACAUUCCUGUGCCUGAAGAUGACGAAGACGACCUCUUGUUUGGAGACAGUGAGUGUUUUUUCGCACAUCCCACACAGUCACAGGCAUGGGAAAUCAGUUUGCAUGAAACGGAGGUGCCUUUCGAAAACCUCCCGACGCCGCAGCAAGCUUUGCAUUUUGUAAUGUUAGCCACCGAGGCACGCAAGAAACGAGUUGAAGUAAGAUUGAGGGACUUGAACGAGGGUGAGAGGCAACAGUUCGUAGAAGCUAAGGGCAAGGAGAUUCGAGCCUGGCUUGACCACAGGACUGUACGUAAAGUAGCUGCGGGAACCCUUGAUGAUAGUCAACUCAUGCGUUGCCGCUGGCUUCUAACAUGGAAAGGCCCCGAGAAGGAUGGAGGGCCGAAACGGGCCAAAGCUAGGCUAGUGGUGCUUGGGUUUGAAGACCCAGACAUUGCUGAUAUCCCUAAUGACGCUCCUACUUUAGGUAAGGACGCCCGACAACUCAUCCUUCAGAAGGUGGCCAGUAACCGUUGGAAACUGAUCAACUUCGAUGUGUCCACUGCUUUUCUGCAGGGGGAGGGGGAUGGUAGAAAGCUAGGCAUAAGACCACCUGAAGAGUUAAGAAGAGCCCUCAACAUGCAGGCGCAGGAACAAUGCCAGCUCGAAGGCGGCGCUUACGGCAGAAUCGAUGCUCCGUUUUUGUGGUUUCAGACAUUUAAGAAGACACUUGAAGAGCUUGGUUUUGUGCAAAGCCCUUUCGAUGCCUGUGCUUUCAGCCUCGUUUCACAAAGGGCCGAUGGUAGUGCUCAGGUUCAUGGUGUUCUGGGAAUACACGUAGACGACGGGAUUGGGGGAGGUGAUGAGUAUUUUCGGAGGGUCAUAGAUCGGUUGCGGGGUAUCUACAGCUUUGGGUCGUAUGAUGAGGGCGAGUUCACGUUCACCGGGAUUCGUUUUCGCCAAUGGGACGAUGGGAGCAUUGAAAUGGACCAAGAGAGGUACAUAGAGAAGAUCGUGCCCAUACAUGUGUCCCGAGAGCGUAGAGUGAAUCCCACCGCGAUGUUGAACCCUGAAGAACUUAAAGAGCUGAGACGCCUCAACGGUAGCCUCCAGUAUGCUGCAGUGCAUUCUCGACCCGACCUAGCUGCAAAGGUAGGCUACUUACAGACAAGGGUCAACAAGGGCCAGGUUCAGCAUCUUCUGGAAGCUAACCGUGUCCUUCAAGAGGCCAAAGCUCACCCAAUCUCUUUGAUGGUUGUGCCAAUUCAAGAACAGCAUGUUACGUUUUGCACCUUUUCGGAUGCUUCCUUCGCCACGUCGAAAGACCAUAACUCGUAUCAGGGUACGCUGGUGGUGGCAACAGACUGGCGAAUGCUAGCCAACCGCGAAGCUGUGAUCAUUCCUGUGGCCUGGUCCAGUAAGAAAAUCUCCAGGGUAGUAAGAAGUACAUUGAGUGCUGAGGUAGUUUCUCUCUGUGGGUCCGUAGACCGAAUGUCCUGGAUCAGGUUGUUCUGGGAAUGGUUCAAGAAUCCUGCUGUUGAUAUCGCACAUCCGGAAGAAGUCCUUUCCCACGCGCCUCAAGCUUCGUUAGUCACCGACUGUAAGAGCGCUUACGAUAUAGCUACGAAAACUGCUGUACCUACGUGUUCUGAACUACGCACCCAGUUGGAAUGCUUGUUGCUGAGGGAGAGACUUCAAGAAAAUUGCAAGAUGCGCUGGGUUCAUUCAAAGGCCAUGUUAGCGGACUGUUUGACCAAAGUGAUGGAUAGUUCCGAGUUAAGACGUCACCUACGGGAGGGUUACUAUGCCUUAUUCGACGAACAAAAGGUUCUUGAGAAUAGAGCGGGGCAGAGACAGUCGCUGCAGUGGCUACGCCAGAACUCAACCGGAGUCUCACCGGAGCACAAGUGA